GGGACCUGAGCAGUACUUAACCUGGACCACAUGGAAUGUAUCUCCAAGCUAUUUAUCAACUUGUAACAUAUUUUCCAGUUUGGGUAGGGCAGAGGACGAAAUGGUUCCCCUCAUCAUCGCCAUUCUUCUCUUCAGUACUUGCGAGGCAAUUCUUCUCCCAGGACCCAAAGGACCCUUCCACAUCUCCCUCAGCAAUCACGAACUCGUGGACAAGAGCAGGAAAGACCCAUGGAACCUCGACACUAUCCCUCAGCGGCGAAUAAUGCUCUCAGAAUUCUCACCCGUUCCUGGCGACUGUUCAAAAACAAAAACAAUCCCGUAUAUGUCCCCAACCGUGGCAGGCGCUGAAGACAAUAUCCUCCUUCCUUACGGUUGGCCAGCAGGAAUUCUAGGUAACAUCUCUAUGGAGUUUUGCGUCCAACCUGAACAUCACAAGAGGAAUGAAAAUUUUCCGUUGGUGUUGUUUUCGGGGGGACUGAAUACAACGCGAUUUUUCUACUCGGCUAUCGCACAAGAAGUAGCGGGUCGUGGCUUCAACAUCCUUACCCUAGACCACCCAUUCGAAACCGACAUCGUGGAGUUCCCAGAUCGGACGAUUGCGUAUGGAGGACACACCAACACCUCCGAUCUCUCGUCUAUUCUCUUCUCUCUCGACAUUCGCAGCCAAGAUGUUUCUUUCAUUUUAAACAAAUUUGGGUUCAAGGAGAGGGAAAAAGCGAAAGUAGCCAUGUUCGGACAUUCCUUCGGUAGAGCUGCUACUGCGGCUGCUAUGGGAAAUGAUUCCCGCAUCCGGGGGGGAGUGAACCUCGAUGGGCUGCUUUGGGGUCCGGUUAUCGAAAAUGGCUUCGAGUUACCAGGAAAUAGGAAAUUUCUUCUCUGGGGUGCGGAAGGUCAUAAUUCCUCAUCGGACGAAAGCUGGGGAAAAUUCUGGUCAACCUUAAAUAAACAGGGAGUUUGGAAGCGGGAAUUAAGUUUAGCGGGGGAGCGCAUGGGAGUUUUUGGGAUUUACCGCUUGUUGCUGAUGUGACUAGGAUAAGGGAUGGGUUGGGUAACGAGACGGAGGAGGGAUUG